AUGGAUCGAAUCCAUGAAGAGGAUGAAAUGUUCAGACUACCGAAAUACUUCGUGAACGGCCUUCUAUUCUCCAUACACGAUGACAACUCUCAACUUGAGGUGCGUCGCUAUGGCAAAUGUUUCUAUAUCACAAUGUCGCCCGACAACUUUGUCGAUUCACCUGCCAUCAAACAACAAUAUCUCGAUUACCUGGCUGCGGAAAGAUCCGACGCUACUGAUGACGAUAACAUGGCGGAGGACUACAGUCCAGAGGACUUCUAUGCUUGGGCCCUCGAGCCGUGUCUUCCACUCUUCGAAAUUGUAGCUCCAACCCCAGAGAAGAACCCCAAGAUCACUCUUCAUGAUUUUCUCCACCCAGAGGUUUUCUAUUAUUCGCUCCGCGUAGUCGAUGGGGAAUUGACCCCGGUUCAGAGUGAUGGAAGAGGGGCUGGAAUGUUAUCUCCAGGUCUCGAGUUGGAUGGCUCAGCAUUCUCUCCAGCAUGGCCCUCAUUUCUGCCAACAGCAAUCGAAAUCUGUAUUGCGAGCCCUGAGGAUGCCAUUAUGGCUUCUCCCAACAAAGUUCUCGUUAACGGCAAGGGAAUUUGCUUCUUCAAGCUGUACCAGCACGGCGACACAACUAUGGCUCUCCGCGAACUCGAGAACUACAAACGGAUCACGGAGUCUAAUCUAGAUCCUGAUGUACGCAUAUGUCGCCUCCACGGCGUUGUUAAAGAUGACGAAAACCAACUUAUCGGGCUGCUAUUAACAUAUAUUGAAUGCGAAUUUCUAACUCUGGCUUGUGCUGUGGAACCCGACACUCCGACUUCUACCAAACAGAAGUGGGUGGAUCAAGUCAGGCACUUUGACACAGUUACACGAGGCCGGAAUUGUCUGGGGUGA